UUUUGGGAUUUUUAAUUUGAGUGGCACGCGCUGGCGCCAACAAACCUUUCUAUAUAACUCUCUCCAGCAGAAUAUAGUGUUUUUUCCAUUGAUCAUUCAGGACAAUUGUUCUCAGUUGUUAUCCACAGCUUCAACAAAUCAGUAUAGAGAAAUAUGUUGUGCUUUCUAGUAAUGCGCUAAAAAAACAAAAACUAAACAUUUUAUAAUUAAUGUUUAUAAUGGAUAGUGAAACAAUAAAAUUUUUUAUAAACGAUGGAUAUCAGUUCCCUGGUACCAGCGGCUCUUACGAAUCAAGAUUCAAAUACUAUAGAAGCUGGAUAUAAUAAAUUUUCAGAAAAUUUACGCAAAUUUACACCAUUAGCAAUACAGUGUGCUAUUUUUUGUGGUUCUCGAUGCAAAUACGAAAAUUCAAAAUCAUGGCCACCUGUACACAUGGCAAUAAAAAACAUCUUUUCCCAUUGGGUAACGGACGAUGUUCUUGCAAUGGCAAGACCAAAUACGCAACAAAUUUCAAAAGAUCACAUAAUCGCACAAUUUCAAGGGUGGAGUAUAAAAACGUUAAUAAAUUUACAAACACCAGGAGAACACGCAAGUUGUGGACCUCGACUCGAAAAAAGUGGUUUCACAUACAACCCAGGCGAUUUUAUGAAAAAUGGCAUAUAUUGUUACAAUUUUGCAUGGAAGGACUAUGGAGCAGCUACCAUGGAAAAACUUCUAGACAUGGUCAAGGUCGUGACCUUUUCUGUGCAAGAAGGAAGAGUUGCGAUUCACUGUCAUGCAGGACUGGGAAGAACAGGAGUACUUAUUGCUUGCUAUCUCGUUUAUAAUUUAAGAGUUAGAGCAAGCGAUGCCAUAAGAUUCGUUCGAUUAAAGAGGCCUAAUGCAAUUCAAACAAGAGGUCAAAUCUUGUGCAUUCAAGAAUUUCAGAACUUUGUUCUUCCACAAAUGAUUGUAUUUCCAAGAAGUAGUUAUAUUUGCAAUUUAGGAUAUUGCAGUCUUCAUUCAUAUCUCAAUAGACAGUAUAAUAUUUUACAUGGAUAUGAACAACGAACUUUUAAACAAAUACCAAAGAUUAUUUUUAUAAUUUGUGAACGAAUUUUACAAUUAUGUGAUUGUCAAGAAGAUAAUUCACCAGCAGAAAUUGAAUUUACAAUUUCUUCAUCUCCAUUUACACAGCGAUUUAUUUCGCAUGUAUUGGAAAAACUUAAACAACAAGAAGUAAAAAUGAAGCAUUCAUGGACAGAUUCAUCUUUGGAUUUAUCGUAUUUAAAUUCUUCAAAAAGUGAUAAUAAUUCUAAUACUCAGGUAUCAUCUAGUGAAACUUUAAACGACGUAACAGAAAAUGUAUUUUGUAUAUCACCAGACGCCCCUUCAUGUUCUUCCGUAUUUCCUGCACUGGAUGACAGUUGCAUAGACGAUGUUCUUAGCGAUGGUAUAAGGGGACAAGAACUUUUUGACAAUAAUUGUUAUAAAGAAAUUCAAGCACAUAUCAAUUUAAAAAAUGCCGCACACAUGCAAAGUUUCGAAACUGUUUCCGCGGAUGAGGCUAUCAAAUUAUUACUUUGCAAUUAUGAAAAUUUAGCUGAUGAGAAAAAACGAAAAAUACAUCAUUAUCAGAAUGAUUUAAAUAUACGUUCCACUGCUUGGCAGCGCUUACAGUUAGAAACUGAUAUUGAAAUUUUAUCAAGUCUUUUAUACGAAUGGAUAGAAUCAUUAAGAAGACCCAUUUUAGAUACAGAGGCAUUAAGUCAAAUUGUAAUACAAAGUUCUAAUCCAAGGCAGUGCCUUCAAAAAUUGAAUCCCUGGAUUAGAUAUGUAAUUGAAUAUCUUAUGCGAUUUGUUUCACGAUUAAGACCAUUGUCAAGAAGUACACAAAAUCUUCUUGUAAAAAGAAUAAUGGCAUCUAUUACACAACAAAAAGUCUCCAUUAAUGGCACAAUCUAUCCAACAACGAAACAAUUUCAAAAAUUAAGAUCUGGUACAACUGAAAAAUUAACUGAAUUUCUUGUUCGACUAUUAAGUCUAAUAGAGGAAAUAAAUACCAAAGAUAUGAAUAAUAUGUGGCCAACAUCAAAAUGGGAAAUUUGCCGAAUAUUACAUGAUCCAAAAUUAAAAGCAAGCUCAACAACAUUCUUUCCACGUACAAUGAAUUAAUUUUAGAUUUUAUUUAAAAUCAAAUAUUUUGAAAAAAGCAAGAUUUAUCUCUCUUUUUUUAUAAAAUUAAGAAAUAAAAGUAAGAUAUUGCUUUCACAUUUUAAGAUUUUAAAUAAUAUUAUAUAGUUACAAAAAAAGAAAAAAAGUUAAAUUAAAAAAUAAAUAUUUAAUAAAAGAAAUAGUCACAUUUUUUAAAUUUAUUAAUCAAUAAAAUUAACUUAUUAAUUAUUUUUAUCAUAAUUAUUGUUGAAUGAUAAAUUAUUGUAAUUGUUGAUUUUUUUUUUUUUUUUUUUCUUACAUUUGACGGCUCUCUUUGUCUAUUGUCAAUAUUUUUGUCGAUAAAAAUGGAGAUUUAUGUUUUAAAAGUAUAAA